AUGGCGUGCUGUAAGGAGCUCUGUGAUGAGCUCUCUGAUAAAACCGAUAUCUUUCUGAAUUUAUCGACAGCGAGUUUGAUGGGUUUCUUCGGCCAAAAGAAAAACAAAUUAACAUGGAGUGGAACCCUGAAUGACAUAAAAACAUUUGUGUCAACAAUAAUCGAUGAAAAAGCCGCAGAAAGCGCCGUCUGGCGAUCACCAAGCGGCGGCAAGUGGUGCUUCACCUGCGAAGACCUUGAGAUUACGUGGCACUCGAAGAGUGGAGCAAUAAUUUUUGACGGAGUCAAAGCGGGAAAUUUGGUAAAGCGAAUAAAAGAUAUCCUGUCAAAGCCAGACGACGCGGAGAAGACUAUCAACAACGAUCUUAACAUGGAAGCGAAUACUGAUCGAGGUCCGUCACGCAUCAUUGAAAACGAGGUAUCUAGUCAUAACAGUACUUGCUCUGUAGUUAUAGAGGGUUUAAAACUCGAGAUGGUAAUCUUGGAAACCCGGCUACUCAAUACCAUAAAGGGGAAUAAGUCAGACAUUUGCUCGCUUAAAUUUAAAGUCAAAGAUCUAGAAGGUGUCAUCCGACAUCAGGAUGACGCAAUUCUCAAGCUCUCAGAAGAUAAUUUAAUUUUAAAAUCUAAAUUAUCCUCUUUUGAAAACUUAACUUAUAAAGUAAUCUGCCAUGACCAUGUGAAUAAUGAACGUGCUAAUGAGUCUGCCAGUACAACCCAGGUUAAUGACCAAUGUGGAUUCCACGACAAAGACCAACCGACUAAUUUGAAUGCCAACAAUACGAGGUUUAUUGAAACUUCAACCAAGGAAAAUUUCUCUCUGCUUAAUGGUACACAAGUUCCGGAUCCCCACGAAAAGCAGCGCUUGACAAUAGAUCUAGCUAGCCAGCGGAAUGAACGGAUUAACAUAAUGACUAAUGUAGUUAAUGACCAAUGUGAAUCCCAAGAUAAUGACCAACCCACUAAUCUGAGUAUUAACAACCCAAGUUUUAAUGAAAUUUCAACUAAUGAAACCGCUCAUUGCUCAAUAGUACACAAGUUCCAGUUUCUCAUGACAAUCAGCGCGUGA